AUGUCUUCAACGUGGCACAGGUUAUCUUUACAGACGGAAUCACUACCGUCGCUACUUUUCCAGUACACCUGGACUCGCGAAGGCUAUGAGCUCUACCUCACCGACCUCACUUCUAUUUGGUCAGAGCAACUUGGUCGCCAGGAUAUCUUCAAACGCGCCGAACGGGGACUCACCACUAUUGACCCCAGUGAAGGAGAUGAUCAGCUGGAACUUCUACUCACAAAGAUCGGCGAGGCACUCAGUGGUGCUGGCGGCAAGUCAGCACUAAACAGUGGAUCCAAAGCCAAUUCAAUCGACAUCAAUAUCAGUGCCAAACUCCCUGCUCCGCUGAGGCCGUUGAAAUGGACAUUUCAAUUAUCGAAGGAGCCUACGGCAUCUUUGACAAGUCGCAUCCUUCUCCCACUGUUGAAAGAUGAGGCGGUUUGGGAAUCCCGCCAGCAAGCGCUUUCGGAUCAACUUCAACAAAAAGACUGGGUUUUGGACAAACUAUUUGACCGGAUAGAAGCUCUUGGCGUGGAUAUGAGCACUAUAUUUCCCAGUGCUUCGGGAAUACGCUCCACUCGAAAAGGUGACAUGCGGUCUGAGCUUGCGAAGCUGGUCAAAGGUGUUGCGCCGUUUGACGAGAAAGCCUGGCUCGCCCAGCUAGGCGGUUCUUCCAGUACCUUCAGUUUGGCUUCAAAUCUAGUGCAUGAAAUUUUUGGUUCGAAUUCGAAGAAGAGUCUCAUGAGCUUCAACCCAGUGCGAGAUCACUGGUGGGAUGAGCUUGGCACACUUUCAAAUACUACCUCCCAAGAGGAAGCUGAUCUAGCCCCCAAAGAAAAAGCCUCCAGGAACUUAACAGAAGAGCCGACUAAACACACGGAGCUGGUUUUAGAUGACGGGGAAGAUACAGCGGGAACCACCGACUCUGAAUUUGAGCGAUAUGAAGAACCUCCUCGAGGAAAGUCCCCAGCCAUAAAUACCAAAGGCUCUUCACCACAGCCAAACCCAAGCUCAAAGGAACUCAGUCCUAUCAAAAGACAAGUCGAGAAAGAACUCGAUUCAGCCCCCGCUCCGCAAACAACCAAAGCACCAAGCAGCUCUCCGGAACCAAAACCUACUGCAAAGCCACCCAAAAAGGCUAUCGGUAAGCUAGGUGUCAUCGGGGGCAAGAAAAGGCAACAAGUGGAGCCACGGCCACCCUCUCCACCACAAGCCCCAACUCCAGCACCCGCGAGCCCGGUCAAAGAUAGCGAACCCGCUCACGAGACCGCGGCUCUGCCCUCGCCAGCUAAGGUGAAGAAGCCCUCAAGACUGGGCGUUAUAGGCGGCAAAAGUAAAGCAAAGCGUCAGGAAACACCGCCGCCCGAGCCUCCCACUCUGCCGCCAGCUCAUCAAUCGCCGACCAAACCACCUAAGCGCGAGUAUGUGUCCCCAGAACGAACAGUUAAGGGUCCUUCAAAGAAAGAGAAAUCUGCCGACCCACCUGUUAAAGCACCUCCCGAAGUCCCGGAGACGGAGGAGGAGAAGGCGCGUCGGCGACGGGAGGAACUGAAACGACAAAUGGAAGCUCAGAGUAAAGCACCAGCGAAGAAGAAGCGGAGGUUUUGA